GGUAUAAUUUCCAUUUGAAGUAAGCUACCUGCCGAUGUGGUCAUCUCCAUCGCAAUAACUAUUUUUUUUGUAUGUCCAUCGAUCCAUCGAUUGACUUUGCCUGCUACGAACUUCGAUUGUUGCGAACUGUGCUUACAACCCACAGUCAACAUGGAGCAAACUACAGUAAAGCUCAGCGUGCCUCUCAGCGAAGAUGUGAUCAAGCUCUCGGCGCUAGAUCAGCAGAUUAUGAGAUUCUACGCCAAAUCAUUCAUGGUGUUUGAGUUGGAUCCCGCGAAGAAGGCAGAUGACAUCGUCCACCACCUGAAACAAGGCCUGGCAGUGGCCUUGAGCGAGAUCCCCGACUUCGCAACGACAGUCGCGCCCGUACCUGGCUCACAGCGAAAGGAACUGGAGCUGCGCAUUGGACCAGAGUCCGGAGUGCCCUUCAAAGUGGUUGAUCAGACGAAACACGAGUCCUGGGUAUAUGGGAGCUACGCCGACCUGGCAUCCAACCACUUCCCCAUCGUUGAGAUUCCUCACGAUGUCCUCUUCGUUCCACAACCAGCUGAAGGCGCAGAUAGUCUUCCCGCAGCUUUCCUGCAAGUCAACCUGAUUGAUGGUGGUGUGAUCAUCGCAGUCUCAUGGCACCACGCAGUUUGUGACGCGCGGGGUAUCAGUCAUCUCAUGGACAUCUGGGCCCAGCAUACCAAAACUUCGAUUACGCAAGGUCGUCCAGAUCUCCCAGCGGCACCUGCUGAAGGAUCUCGAGACCGAUGGCGGCUGGAUCACGGCCUCCGCGACGUUACAGUGGAUGACCUCCCCGAAUACACGAUCGACAGCUCUGCGCGACAGUCCCCAACCAGCUCGAUCCUCCUCGACCGCGAACAACCCGUCACAGUCCCCUACACAGUGAGCACCUGGUACCUGAGUGCUGACUCUCUAAAGUCCCUGCGCAGCUCGCUCGCACAAGCCGAGACCGAGAACGCAGCGCAAUUCACAAAAGUCGAAGCCGUCUCCGCCCUCGUCUGGAAGCACGCAAGCAUCGCGCGCCAACUGGAUCAAAUCCACCCGGACGGCUCAUCGCUCUUCACAACACGACUGGACUUCCGCGCGCGCACAAAACCGCCAUUCUCGGAUAACUUCAUCGGAAACAUCAACGAGCCCACGGCGCGCGUCCGCAUUCCUCUUACGGAAGUCUGCGCGCCAUCCACCCCGGAAUCCCUCGUCACCCUCGCAGAAGCCAUUCGCGUCGCGACCGAAAGCACCGGCGAGAGGAGCGUCCGCACACUUAUCGGUCUCAUCAACGACGCCCCCGCUGUGACAGACGUCACCUGGAAAUACAACUACUUCCCCGGCCCGGAUAUCGGCGUCACUGAUAUCUCCGGUAUCGAGUCGCGGAAGCAGGAUUGGGGUGGUGCGCUGGGGACACCGGUUCUUUUACGUUCGUAUUCCCGGGAGACCGGGUUGCUGUAUUUGUUCCCGCAGGAUAAGGAUGGUGGAUUUGAGAUUCAAUUCCAGUGUGAGAUGGAGGCUGUGGAGAGGUUGAAGGCCGAUGAGAUCUUUAGCAGGUAUUGUACGUACAAGAGGAUUACGCUGUAUAAUGUGGGGGCUUGAGUCUGGCAUAUAGAGUAUAUAGAGCAAUAAUAUGUCGAUAUUGGAUG